CGCACGUUACCGACCAUCGCAGUCCGUCGUGUGCGGCGUAGUGAACGGUGAGAGUUUUGAUUGUUUUACGCGCGCUCGCGAGUGUCAAGUCUUACGUCUUUAUCGACUCGUACGUAAAUAUCGUUGUUUAUAUCAGUAUCAACCGUCGAAGUACGUUGUAUUUACCGUCGUUGUCCGUGUGGUACUCAUAAAGCGUUCGAAAGAAAGAGAAACGAAUCCGACGAAAAACCGAAAAGACAAACUUCUCCGUCGCCAUAAUGCCACUGUCGCUUAAAUCUAUAUGGAAAGGAAACUCGAAACACAAGAAGUUAUCCGAAGAUAAGUCGCUGGCCAUUGGACAGAACGCGGACGAUGUUGCUGCGAUCGCGGACGAAAGCGACCAGACUACGUUCGAUGUGAAGUAUCUGGGCAACACUCCGGUGGACUCGGCAGCCGGUGCUGUUGCCGAAGCCGUCAAAACCAUUUUGCUCAUGGCCAAAGCCAGCAAAAGAAAAUCGCAGAACGUGACGGUUACGUUAAACGGGCAAGGCAUCAGAAUAACGGAAACCAAUGACGACAAGAAGACCGUGCUGGACACACCGAUAGAAAGGGUGUCCCAUUGUUUCACCGAUUCGACUCACAGCAACGUGUUCGCCUUCGUCAUAGCCAGCGGCCAAUCAAUGUCGGAAUGUCACGCUUUUAUGUGCGCCAAACGGAAAAUGGCACAAAACAUGUCCAUCACCAUCAGUCAACUAAUCAGCUCCGUGCCGGACGUCUGGAAGGAGUACAACAAACAGAAAUCGGACAUCGAAUUGAAAACUCCGGAAAUAAUUCCGAACACCGUGCGAGCAGAUGACGUAGCUCAAGAAGUCAAAGAAGCCAAGUUGAUCGACUUGUCAGGAGAACCUCUGCCCAGACAGCAGUACGAUACGUCUAGAUGGGUAUUGUUUGAAGACGAUCCGUCUUCUAAAUUGGAUGUGGACCUAUUACCCCAAAGGCCCGAAGGAUUUGCAAAUUUUUCUCAUCAUUUCAAACCAGAUCGCCAAAUGUGUUGCUGAAAAAUUACCAACAUUAUGUUUUCUAAUUAUAAACAUACACCUAUUUUAUUACUGUUAAAAUUAUUCGUAUCAAUAUUCACGGCUGUCGGCUAGCUUCAAUCAACUAUCAAUUUUACAUUACCUAUAUAUUAUACUUUAGGUUAAUUUUAUUAAAUAUAAUUUACAUGUAAUUUAAAAAUAAUAAAUAUAUUCAACUAUAGAUUACAUUCGUAAUAUUCGGUCAGCCGACUUUGUGCGUUUAUAUUUUGUAUUUUUUGUUUUGACGACAAAAAUGUAUGGUAACAAACAGUAUUCAAGCGCAUAAUAACAGGUGAUAAAGUUAUGUGUAAUAUAUAUAUAAAUGUGUAUUGUACAUACGUUUUAAGUAUAGGUGCCUUAACCUA